UAAUGUUUUGAAACGCUUGAGCUCACUGCUGCUGCACUCGUAUUAAGGAAAUAUGACCGUGUUUUAAUUUUGCACAAAUGCAUGGACAUGUUGAUUAACGAUUGCUUUUUUUUUUUUUUUACAGUUUUCGUGACGUAGAACCGUGAGUAAAGGCAAUCGGGUUGUUAAGAAUAGACAUAGAAACUCUAUUUGCGCGUUGAGCUAGCUAGGAGCCUGCUAUCUAUAAAAAAUCAAUCAGCCAUGCAUCUACCAUCUGAGUGGUAGAUAGAUAUUAUUGUUAUUAUUAUUAUUAAUAAUAAUAAUAUUAUGGCAUCUGCACUACGAUACCGCGCUGGACUUUACAGAAAGUACAGUAGAGGCUUCUUGUGGACUCUGUCAGGACGAAACUAUCAAGCUCUGAAGAAAUUAUCUAACAACAAUGUCAAAGACAUCUUAUACAGGAGCGACAAUCAACUUACAAAGACUCUACUGUCAAAGUCUGAGCGGCUGUUUUCAAGUACAAACCAUCACUUUAUCAAGAGUCUUCUGUUUCAACCCAUGAGUCCAGCAAUGACUGGUAUCAGCACAGACCUAAUUACGGAUCAUUUGCUAAGGAACCCAGUUGGAUUGAUUAACAUAUUAGGGUCAAGAUAUUUUUUCAAUACCUCCCAAUCCAGACAGGAGAAGAAAAAGACUGAUGGUCCAAAGGGUCGAACUCCAGAAGAGGAUGAAGAGGACAAGAAACGUAGAGAGCAAGAGGAUCAAAUGUACCGAGAACGUCUUCGAACUUUGUUUUUUAUUGCACUGAUCAUGAGCCUGCUAAACUCCAUAAACACCAGUGGUGGCAACAUCUCAUGGAAUGACUUUGUCAAUGAGAUGCUGGCAAAGGGGGAAGUGUCACGUGUACAAGUUGUCCCUGAAAGUGACACUGUUGAAAUCUACCUUCAUCCUGGAGCUGUUAUUUUUGGGCGACCUAGGCUUGCAUUGAUGUACAGAAUGCAGGUCGCCAACAUUGACAAAUUUGAAGAGAAGCUCAGAGCUGCUGAAGAAGAGUUGAAUAUUGACUCAAAAGACAGAAUUCCUGUCUCCUAUAAACGCACUGGAUUCUUUGGAAACGCGCUCUAUGCUCUGGGAAUGGCAGCCAUUGGUGUGGCAAUUCUUUGGUAUAUUUUCCGUCUUGCUGGCAUGGGAGGCAGGGAAGGUGGAUUUAGUGCAUUUAACCAACUGAAAAUGGCAAAGUUUACCAUUGUUGAUGGCAAAUCAGGAAAAGGUGUGAAAUUUAAGGAUGUAGCUGGAAUGCAUGAGGCCAAGAUGGAAGUAAAGGAAUUUGUGGACUACCUUAAAAGCCCUGAUCGAUAUCUACAGCUUGGAGCUAAAGUGCCCAAGGGUGCCCUUCUGCUGGGGCCCCCCGGCUGUGGCAAGACUCUGCUGGCCAAAGCUGUUGCUACAGAGGCCCAGGUACCUUUCCUGGCUAUGGCUGGGUCUGAGUUUGUGGAGGUCAUUGGAGGUUUAGGUGCUGCUAGAGUUAGGAGUUUGUUCAAAGAGGCCCGUGCCAGAGCUCCAUGUAUUGUGUAUAUUGAUGAGAUUGACGCUGUGGGGAAAAAGCGCUCUACCAACAUGUCCGGCUUCUCUAACACUGAGGAAGAACAGACACUCAAUCAGCUCCUGGUCGAAAUGGAUGGAAUGGGGACAACAGAUCAUGUAAUUGUACUGGCCUCCACCAAUAGAGCUGAUAUUUUAGAUAAUGCUCUUAUGAGACCAGGUCGACUGGACAGGCACAUCUUCAUUGACUUACCCACUCUACAGGAAAGAAAGGAAAUCUAUGAGCAGCAUUUGAAAUUUCUAAAGCUAAACCAUCCAGCAAGUUUCUAUUCUCUACGCCUGGCUGAGCUCACGCCAGGAUUCAGUGGUGCAGACAUUGCUAAUAUUUGUAAUGAAGCAGCGCUGCAUGCAGCCAGAGAAGGCCAUAAGUAUAUUGACACUAUGAACUUUGAAUAUGCUGUGGAAAGAGUAAUAGCAGGAAGUGUUAAGAAGAGUAAAAUCCUUUCGAAGGAGGAACGAAGAGUGGUCGCUUUCCAUGAGUCUGGACAUGCUUUAGUUGGCUGGCUACUUGAGCACACAGAGGCAGUCAUGAAGGUGUCCAUUGCCCCACGAACAAAUGCAGCUCUGGGAUUUGCCCAGAUCUUGCCUCGUGACCAGUAUCUGUUCACGAAAGAACAGCUGUUUGAGCGCAUGUGCAUGGCCCUGGGGGGUCGAGCCGCUGAAGCUAUCACCUUUAACAAAGUUACCACAGGAGCUCAGGAUGAUCUGCGUAAGGUGACCCGUGUGGCAUACUCCAUGGUAAAGCAGUAUGGUAUUGACAGUGUGGGGCAAGUCUCGUUCCCAGAGACAGAGGAGCAAGGUGCUGUUGGACGCCGCCCUUUUAGUCAAGGACUGCAGCAUCAGAUGGAUCAUGAGGCAAAGAUGCUGAUAGCCCGGGCCUACAGGCAAACGGAGAAGCUACUGCUCGACAACCGGGACAAACUUACAAUGUUGGCUAAUGCCCUGUUGGAGCGUGAAGUGGUGAACUACGAUGACAUUGAAGCCUUGCUGGGUCCUCCCCCUCACGGCCCAAAGAAGAUGAUUGUCCCACAGAGCUGGGUGGAGGCAGAGAGAGACAAGCAGGACACUGGGGAGGAUGACACCCCUCCACCUCCUCGAAAACAUCAGGAGGACAAUGUCAAUCCACAAUUAGUCUGAACAGAUGUACUGUGUGCCAAUUUGACUACUAUUAUAACCUACUGUAAGGGGUUUUAUGCAAAAUACUAUAUAAUCAAAAUCAUACCAGGUACCUAGAAAGCAAGUGUAUAUGCAAUACCACAUCAAUAAGCAGCACCUCUGAACUGGGUUUCAAUUAAGUGGCUAAAAAGUAAAUUUGCCCCUGCAGCUUCUAGGACUCUAUUUUAUUUUAUUUGCAGUAAACACAUUGGAAAACAAAACUGAAGAUUUAAGUUUGGGCCAAUAGUGUUAAGUUAUUUAAAUAAAAUGUUUCUAACAGUU